AUGGCCCGGCCGAGCGUCGCGGCGCGCAACCUGUCGCUGACGGAAGAGCUCGAGAAACUGGAGCAGUCCAUCACGCUGACGCUGCAAGGCACGUCGCAGCAACCUGCCUCCUCCGAAUGCAUCGAGUCGGCUGACCAGAGGCUCUUUUGGAAGCAAUUCUUCGAGGCAUCCGCCAAUGUGUCACUCUCCGGCUACGAGGAACUCGCCAAUGACGACGAGUCCUCGGUGGCUGAGGAGAGCACAGCAAUGAGAGACGAUACGACAGUAGACUACACGGCGCAGCACGACGACGACGACGCGACGCGCACGACGACACCCGCGGAGCAGUCGACGCUGCACGGCGACGAGUCCCUGCUGGACGACGCGGAACUUACGGGGAGCACGCCUCGUCCACCGGCGACCAAGACGAUCCGCGCGCAGCUGUCGCCGCUCGAGUCGCCGUACGAGGCCCUGAAGCGGGAGAUGGCCAACGAAGAGGACGCCGGCGCGACGACGGUGUUGGAAGACGACGACGACGACGAAGAGGACUCGACGGUGCUCUUCGCCCAGCGUACGGCCCGCCUGCCGGACAUGUCGAUGACGCCGCGCGGGCUCGGCGGCGCGCUCGGCGACAGGACACUCGAGCAGUCGACGCAGCGGCCGAAGGACCCGCUCCUGCACCGCGUGCUCGACAAGAACUACCGCCUGCAAGCGACGCCGCACAAGCCUGCAUACCGCAUCUCGCCGCUGAAAAAGGCCACCACGGGCGACGCCGGCGGCAAGGGGAAGGCGCCGGUGGCGGCGGCGCCCUCAUGGCGCGACGACUCGCCCAUGUCGUCGCCCGAGAUGGCGGUCCCGACGCUGCGCAGCGAGGCCUUCAUGUCGCCCUUCAAGAGCAACGCGCGGCAGCGGCUGGCGGCGGCUACGGCGACGGCGCAGCGCGGGCCACGCACCCCCGGCGUCAGCGUGCAGACUCCGGGCACGGCGAGGAAGACGCGGGACGCGCUGGCGGGCGAGGCGGCGGGAGGGGCAGAGGGCGGGCGCAGGCCAAAGUACGAGAUUGACUGGGAGAGCGACGGCGAGGACGAGGACGCGGAUCUGUACGCGGGGAUGAGCCCGCCCAAGACGAUUCAGUUUGCGUUGCCGCCGUCGAAGCUGCUGCAGACGCCAGCGCGGGAGGCAAGCAGGCGGAUCGUUGAUGACAUCCUGAUUGACGCGGGGGCGGACCCGGAGUCGUCCGAGUACAGCCCGACAAUGGUCAAGAUGAACGAGGACAUUCUCAACGACAGCUUCUAG